UAUAAAAAUGACCAUAACCUAUUAGAUGACAUUAGAAUGGAUCAGAUUUCUCCACUAUACAAAAUUUUAGAUGAUGAAUUACAACGUCAAAUAGAAAUAAUUUUGGAAAAUAGAUUAAAUGUUCGAAUCUUAUUAACAGGUCUUACAACAGUUGAUAUGAUUAAAGAAGAUCUCACUGAAACACACAUCCGCGUCAAUUUUAAAAUACAUUUAAACGAUGAUUGUUUUCAGGUUUUUGGGCAUGUUAUUGAUGAUGAUAAUAAGAAAUUAGAAGGCGGAAUUGUAAGAUUUGAUCUAUUUAACUAUGAUGGUUUUUCUGCAUUCAUUAUUCUUAAUCAAGAAACAGCAAUGCGUGUAAAAAAACUUCAUGUUGCAUGGCUAAUUGUAGGAAAACCUGAAAUAUUGGGAGCUUUUAGUUCACAACAUCUAAAAACAAAUAUCGUUUUACAUAAAGUACCAAUUUACUCAAAAACAGACUCGGUUUAUAUUUCUUUACCAUAUAUCAUGACUGAGAAUGAUAUUGUUUUACUUGUUUCUUCGUAUGAUCCACCACUUAACAAUCCUCCAGUACCGAGCAUUAAAAUAUUAAAAUGGGCAGAAUGUGUUCUUUAUUUAAAAAUGACAGGGAUAAACUUAAAUGAAGAAAUUCUAAAACUAACUCAAUUAAGCUU